ACAAAUUGACAAAGGCGUGCCAUGGGUUCGUGCUGAGAGCGUCUCUGUCGCUGUCCAUUUAAGAACCUUGGAGAACUCCCAUCCGGAAAAUCGCGUCCGUGGAUGAGCGCGGUGGAAGUGGGAUUGUGCGUAGGCUACGUCAUGUCCACGGGAAAACGACUGACAGAUCUCAUCUUUUGAGCUCUCUUCUUUUGAGCUCUCAUCUUUUGUAAAUACUGAAUGACUUGGAUGCUUGUUCCUUGAUUGACUUUAAUAGAAUCGGGGCUACAGUCUAUCAGUCUAACUAAGAAUUCCUUGCUGUGUUCUCUAAAUUCCAAUCGUGUUACGCAACGCGCGAGAGGGAUAUGAACGAAAGCCCAUUCUUAUACCGGCCUGGUAAGAUGAUAACAAAAAUGUGUCUGUCGUUGAGCAUAACAGGAAUAGUAUUGCCCAUCUAUUUAUGCGUAAAACCAGUGUCUUUAGUUUCUGCCAUUCAGGAUCAAAACAAAACGUUAUGCCAUUCCAUGUUAGUUGCUGAUGGUUGUAUAUUUUAGUUUAUGACAUGUUAAAAGCUGAUGAUGACAAUCUGUUUUCACUGUAGAUUGUAUCUCAUUUGAUUUGCCCAGGCAGAUACCAGUCACGCCUCUUCGUGCAAGCAGGGAUCCCGUUGUAGCCUAAACACAGCAGCAUGGGCAGCGCGCAUUCCAACCGGGCUAAAUAUAUCUGGUAGGGCCGCAGGAGGGGAAGGACGACAGGGCUUAGCUUUGGACAUUUAGCCUUCGUGCGUAAAACGAGAAAUUGACCUUCUGAAACGUAGUACAGUAACUUUUUUCACCAAGGAGGCGAAGUGGGACCAAUCCAAAAUGCCCGCAAUUCCGAGUUCUAGGUCCAGGACGCGGGAUCGGAACAACGUCCUGAGCAGACCAGAGUUCAUGUCCCUGAACCAGCCCCUACGGAGCGGCAACUCGGAGAGCCGGCGACCGGGUCAACCCAAACACCAAGCAAGCCAGCCGUGCGACCCGCAGGAACCUACCGACAGUGCCAACAAGGAUCGGAAAGAGCCCACGAAACUGCCCGAGGAGGACUGUAUCCAGCUGAACCCUUCCUUCAAGGAGAUAGCGAUGAGCUCCCUCCUCGCCAUUGACAUUUGUCUGUCCAAGCGCCUGGGGGUCUGCGCCUACACGUCGUCGUCUUGGGGCAGCGUUCGUUCCAUGGUCACCCUGCUCGCGUUCACGGGACACGGCACCACGUGGAUCUUUGGCACUAUCGUGUGUCUGACAAGGAGUAAUACGCUGGCGGGACAAGAGGUCUUGGUCAACCUAUUACUUGAAUUUAAAGCAUCCCAUGGUAGAGGAUCAGAAGCAGCCCUUCUGCUUGAUGUCAUGACAGUGGCCGGAGUCCAGAAGCUGAUCAAACGCAAAGGACCCUGGGAGAUGAGUCCGGGAUUCCUGGACUACUGUGUCAUGGAUGUGUACUCCUUCCCGGCGGCCCAUGCCAGCCGCGCUGCCAUGGUGUCCAAGUUCCUGCUGUCCCACCUGGUCCUGGCCGUCCCGCUUCGCAUCCUGCUGGUGCUCUGGGCCUUCCUGGUGGGCAUGUCCCAGGUGCUGCUGGGUAGGCACCACCUGACCGACAUGGCGUGCGGCUUCGCCCUGGGUCUGCUGCACUUCAGCCUGGUGGAGACGGUGUGGCUGUCGUCCAGCGCCUGUCAGACCCUCAUCUCUAUAGGGACCCUCAGCUGGAGCUCCUUCUACUGAGCACUAUCUAUCAAGGCUCUCAACACCUUUUUGAAGCUGUGAAGCCUGGCUUUAUAAAGCCUUAAAAGUAGGGCCAUGAGUUCUUCCUAACAUGAUCUGGAACAGAGUUUUCCCUGAUCAGGGCCUACUGCCCUGGCUUUAUCUUGAUUUCCUUUCAAUGAUGUUGUUUGUAUUUUUCUGCUGGAAACUAUCAUUUGUUAAAAACUAUAAAUUGUUGAGAAACAGAUGGACUGGACUCCAAAUGUGAAUAGAUUUU